AUGUAUUAAAGUAAGUUUGUUAGUAAUUCAAACUAUUAUCCAGACAAAUCAUUUAUAAAUGGAAAGGGAUUGAACAUCGAUAUAAAUAUGGACGACAUGAACAUACUUUCACUAACUCCACAUAGGCCAAAGUAAAACAUUCUAGAAGAAAAAGUAAAAAUAAGUCAAGCUCCCAAAACACAAAUGAAUUCACCUCUGAAACAAGAUAAAAUGAAAGUGAUAAGUGCUGCUUAGUCAACUAUAAAUAACAACAGAGUUGUUAUUGAUGACUUAGACGACAUGGUCGAUGCCAUUCUCAAAGAAGAAGAUGACUUACUAAUUGAUCUUAAGAAGACAUCCGUGUAGCAAGCACCUUUGGGAAAUUUGAGCUCAACACUUUCACCUCCUUAAUCAAAAAAAUACACUUUUCAAAAUCAAGAUUUUAAAAAUAUAGCCAGCCAACCACCUUCUCAGCUAACUCUUAAUCAGAGUUUAACAUAGAAAAACGGAGGAUAGUAGCAGAGGUAUUACGAAGAGAAAAAAUAAUCUAAGUUUAGCACUCUUUCUGGUCCUAAAAAUCUCGUGAAAUAGCAUCUAAUGAAGAUAGAAGUUCAGGAUAUUGACUUAAUCGAAGUUACAGAAUUCCAAAACAGUGAUGAUAAGAAAAAUAAUUAGGAGGAAGAGGAGGAUGAUGAUUUUGGAUUUCUUGCAAGAUAGAGCAUGGAAAGAGGAAAAAUGUAAUCUAAAAUUAAGCUGUUUUCAAAUAAAUAUCAGAAUCGUAAUAAAAAUCUAAUAGUAGAAUCAAAUGCAAAUACAAAUGGGAUUGAUUUCGAUGUUGAUGAUCUGAUAUAAGAAUUGAAAAAUGAGCAAAGUGUGGAGUUUUCUCAACGAAAAAUAAGUGUUCAUAAUGGUAAUCUUGCAAUAAAUGAGUAGCCAACUCUUUAAAAAUAAAAGUCAAUUAAAAAUUAAUAAGGAUCAUCGUUCCUAACAUCCAAGCAAAGCACUAUGAAUAAAUUUGAAAAUGAUAUCUUAGAUUCUUAUGAUGGACAGUCCAUAAGUAGCUUUCUUAAUAAAAUAAAACAAAAAUACUGUAAUUAUGCUCCUAAAACGCAAGAACAGAUGAACCAAAUAUACAAAUCAAGAGAUGGUGUAAGGGCUCAUGAACUCUUUGUCGAUAAAUAAAAUCCUACUUAGUUAAGAUGCUGGAUAUAAGGGAUUCCUUAGGAUGAAAGAGUAACAGCAAAGGCAGCAUUCGAUUAGAAGGGAAAUGAGUUUUUUGGUUUCUAAAGAUUGAUGCUUAAUAAAGGAGAUGUUAUAAAGAUUGUAAGCGCAUCAGUAGAUAACACAUAUAUGCUUUUUGCAUAUAAGGCUACAUAAGAAAAAGAUUAGGAUGAGAUAAAAGACAUAUUAGCUGUUGAAAGUACAAACGUCAAGCCUCAGUUCAAUCUAUAUCCUUAUGGAUAUAGAUCUUAUUGCCUUAAAGAUUGGAAUGAAUAUGGGUAUAUGGACUAAAACCUUUUUAUAUAGUCUGUGAUGAUUGAAAAUGGAGAAGCACCAAUAAUACCUGAGCUAUAUCUAGCCAUAAAAGAUUUUAAUCCUGAAGAUCAAGAACCUCUAAUAGCAAAUGAAGGUGUAAAACUUUUAAAUUUCAGAGCUGGAGAAAUUGUUUAGCUAACUCUUUAGCCAGGAAAAGGAGGAUGGUUUGAAGGCUAUAGAACAAAUGAUCCUGACUGUAUAUGUGGAAUCGCUCAUAUUUCAACUGUAAAAAAAAUCAAUUUCUCCUGA